UCAAGUAAAGAGACCUCUUUAGAUGAUUCUGAAAUAAUAUUUGCAGACAAAACAAAAGAUAAUAAUACAAAUAAUAGUUUAAACGCUACUGCAAUGCCUAAAAAUGCGGAAGCAAUAAGACAAAUUUUAAAUUCUAUGGGUGUCACAUCCUACGAAUCUAGAGUUGUUAAUCAGCUUCUCGACCUAACUUAUAGAUACACUUCAGAAGUACUUCUAGACGCAAAACUUUUUGCAGAACAUUCUGGAAGAAAAAAACUGCAAGUCGAUGACGUCAAGCUUGCAGUUCAAUUUAGGAUCAACAAAACCUUCACUUCUCCUCCUCCAAGAGAGUUUUAUCUUGAGUUGGCUGCCGCUAAAAAUUCAAUUCCUCUUCCUCCUAUUGAUUCCGCUGAGUACGGAUUUAAUUUACCUAACGAGCGCUGGUGUUUAACAGCAGCUAAUUACCAGCUUGAAGCAAAAAAAUCCGAACCUGAACCGCCUACUGUGGAGGAAGCCGUUACGCCUGUGGUGGUCCCAAGUCAUCGCGUGAAAUCUGCUUCUCAUCCAAUAAUAAUUACGGCUACAGCCGAUGCUCUUAAAAAGGCUGCUGGUAAAGACCUAUCAGAAGAGGCUGGAUUUACAAUUACACCAAUGAAAAGGAGGACGGAUGAUGAGGAUUAUGACAUGGAAUAAUUAUUUCAUAAUAAAUUAUUAAGUAAA